UCUUACUCUGUUAGUAAUACCAAAAUCACAACAAUCAUGAACAUAUUUACCCUCUUACUAAUAGUAGUAAUUUCCACAGCUACUAUUAUUAAUGCACAAGAAUACAAUGAAAAAAAUUACAUGUCCGAUUUAUUACAAUCACUAACUCAUACUCCCUCUACCUGGUCUAACAAAAUUCACCACUGCAAAUGGAAAGGCAUAACUUGCAACUCAACUACUCAAGCUGUUAUCUCCAUCAUCCUCUCAUCAAAUUCACUCACCGGCACACUCCCUUCGAAUAUCGACACUCUAACUAAUCUCACUCACAUCGAUCUCCACAACAACUCACUCAAUGGUCCUUUACCCGAUUUUAGUAACCUUGCCUUGCUCCAAACUAUUUCCCUUGGUCACAAUAACUUCACGUCCAUCCCCGACGAUACAUUUCGAUACUUAUCUGAUCUCAGAGCUCUUAACCUUAGUAAUAACAUGAAUCUCUCCCACUGGGAAUUUCCUACCAAUUAUUUACCUUACUCCGGUUCUUUGCAUACUCUUGAUUUCGAAGCUACGAAUAUGAUAGGCUCAUUUUCUGAUCCUAAUAUAUUCAAUUCGUAUCAAAAUUUGCAAACUUUGAUUCUUUCUAACAACCAAAUAAAAGGAGUUCUACCCGCGUCUCUCGGGAAAUCUGGAGUAAGAUAUUUACGGCUUGAUAAUAAUGAGUUUGUGGGCAAAAUUGACAUUCUAUCAACAAUGACCAAUUUGUCUCAAGCAUGGCUUCACGAUAACAGUUUCAGCGGUCAAAUUCCAAACAUGUCCAAAUGUACUAAUUUGUCUGAUUUGCAGCUUCAGUCGAAUACUUUAACUGGUUUGGUUCCACCUUCAUUACUUUCUCUUCCUAGCUUGAAAAUUAUCAAUUUGAAACAAAAUGGGCUACAAGGACCGUUACCUGAGUUUCGCAAGGGUGUUAACGCAACUUUGGAAACAAAUAACUUUUGUCGAAGCGAUUUUGGACCUUGUGAUUCUCAGGUUACGCUUUUAUAUGAAAUUUUUGAAGAUCUUGGGUCUCCUCAAUAUUUGGCAACUCAAGGGAACAAUGUUUGUACCGGAGGGCAGUGGCUCCAGAUGAUGCCCAAUCAAGUACAGAUUAAGUGUGAAAGAGGGAAAAUUGUUAGUUUUAUGAUCUCCUAUGUUAAUACUUUACUUGAUGGUAGAAGUGGAACCAUCUCUCCCAAAUUUUCCAAUUUAACAAGUUUGGUGAACUUGACUCUUGUUGGAAAUAAUUUGACAGGUCCAAUACCACAAAGUCUUACAACUUUGCCUCAACUUCAACUUCUUGAUGUUUCUAAUAAUAAUCUUUCAGGAUUUAUUCCAAAAUUUUCAUCCAAGGUUAAGUUAAAUAUCACGAGCAAUAAUUUGCUAGGGAAAAAUAUGUCUAGACAAGGUGGAGGUGAAAACGCAACCACUGCAGGUGAUGCUCAAACUGGAAGUUCAUCUAAAGCAGCAAACCUUAAACCUUUUUGGAUUGCAGGGGCCUUGAUGUUUGGUGUUGCAUUUGUCAUACUUAUUGUGUUGGUUUGUAAACGCAAGAGGUAUCAUAUUUUAGUAAAAAGGUGGCUCUUCAAGAAAACAAAAUCUAUUGACUACAAUGUGGAAGAUUUCAUGCAAAGUUAUAAUUUGUCAGUGCCAAUUAAGCAAUAUAGAUAUUCAGAAGUGAAAAGAAUGACAAACUCAUUCCGGGACAAAUUAGGUCAAGGAGGAUAUGGUGUUGUUUACAAAGCAAGUUUACCUGAUGGACGUCAAGUGGCGGUGAAAGUGAUAAACGAGUCGAAGGGAAAUGGAGAAGAAUUCAUAAAUGAAGUAGCUAGCAUUAGUAGAACUUCACAUGUGAACAUUGUUUCACUUUUGGGUUUUUCCUAUGAGAACAAAAGAGCAUUAAUAUAUGAAUUCAUGUCCAAAGGAUCAUUGGAUAAUUUUAUCCUUAAAAGUGGAUUUUCUGAUGCUAUUUGUAGUUUGGAUUGGAACACAAUGUACAAAAUUGCAAUUGGCAUUGCUCGGGGACUAGAAUACUUGCAUGAAGGAUGUAUUUCAAGGAUUUUGCAUCUUGAUAUCAAACCCCAAAACAUUCUUUUGGAUGAAGAUUUUUGUCCAAAAAUCUCUGAUUUUGGACUAGCUAAAAUAUGCCAAAGGAAUAAUAGUAUUGUGUCUAUGCUAGGCACAAGAGGAACCAUAGGAUACAUAGCACCAGAAGUAUUUAGCCGAACGUUUGGUCAAGUUUCUCACAAGUCUGAUGUAUACAGUUAUGGUAUGUUAAUUCUAGAAAUGAUUGGAGGAAGAAAGAAUUAUGACACUGGAAGUUCAUGUACGUCUGAAAUGUACUUUCCAGACUGGAUUUAUAAGGAUCUCGAACAAGGUAACAUCCUUGAGGGUUGUUUGUCAAAUUCCGAGGAAGAAAAUGAUAUGGUGAAAAAGAUUACCAUGGUAAGUCUAUGGUGCAUUCAAACAAAUCCAUCAGAUAGGCCAUCAAUGAGUAGAGUAAUAGAAAUGUUGCAAGGACCACUUCAGUCAAUAUCAUGUCCUCCAAAGCCUUUCUUAUAUUCUCCUGAAAUGUCAUCAUUACAAACUUCAUAUGUGUCUUCCAACAAUUUGCUAGAGACAAAUUCAGAAAGACAUAGUGAAAAUGUGACUGUAAUGUAAUCAUAUAUUGAUGGUAAUCAUGGUAUUUGAGUACAACUUAGCAUA